CCGCGGAAUAAAUGUUGGCCAAACACGUGUUUCACUGGGACAAUAGUGAGUGGUGCACACUUCCUUCGCCCAGCCACAGAACAAAAAAAAGUCCCAUUUAAGAGUUGCUGGUGUAACAAUAGGAAGAAUAUAUUCCACUCCUCUCUUCUACACGCGGCUUUUGAGUACACCCCGUCCCAGAGAGGAGUUGUACAGUCUAAUGGCGUGUGGGACAAAGGAGUUUUUGAGUCUAUUAGUCCUGCACUUGGGAUGAAGCAGUCUAGCACUGAACAGGCUCCUCUGGCUACUGAUGACGCUAUGCAGAGGGUGACUGGCAUCAUCCAGGAUGCUCACUAGUUUGUCCAGAGUCCUCUUCUCUGCCACCGUCACCAAUGAACGCUCGUCAAGAAGAACGUCCUCUUCAGCAGCAGGAGGAUCUACAGCCCCCCCACAUUAAAGAGGAAGAGGAGGAUCUCUGGGUUACCCAGGAGGAAGAGUGUCUUCUAGGGCAGGAGGAGGCUGAGCUCAGCAAGUUUCCACUGACUGUUGUCUCCGUGAAGACUGAAGAGCAUGAAGACAAACCACCUGAGUCCUCACAGCUUCAUCACAGUCCAAACGUCUGUGAAAAAUAUCAUCCACCUGAGCAGCAGGAGGGGUCUUCCAGUGUGGAGCAGAAGAGGUCACAGCACCUCCAAGUAAAAGAAGAGGAGCUACAGGCCCCUCACUUUAAAGAUGAAGAAAAACAGCGGCUGUUCCCCCACUUUAUAAAGGAAGACAAGAGACACCUUAUCAGUGUGAAGAGUGAAGAUGAGGUCAACUGUGAGGUUGAGGAGAAAAGAGCGGCGGAGCCUCCAGGCAGCAGCUCAACACAACACAUGACAACAGAAGCUGAUGGAGACCACUGUGGAGGAUCACAAGCAGACAAGCUCUUAGCCCCACUAUCAGAUAGUGAGGACACAACGUCACACUCUCCUGACACUGAUGAUGAAGACUCUAAAGAUGAUAAGACAUGUCACACUGACAACACUCACUUCAAAUGUUUUCUCUGUGACAAAACCUUUAAAAACCAUUGGCAUUUAAAAAGACACACGAGAACACACACUGGAGAAAAACCUUUUACCUGUUCAAUCUGUAGUAAAGGUUUUGUAGAAAAUCGCAAUUUGAAAGUACACAUGAGAAUACACACUGGAGAAAAACCUUUUUCAUGUUCAAUCUGCGGUAAAGAUUUUACUCAAAGGCAAUAUUUCAAUAGACACAUGAGAAUACACACAGGAGAAAAAACUUGUUCCUGCUCAGAAUGUGGUAAAAGUUAUGUAAUAGAACAAAGUUUAAAAGAACACAUGAGAAUACACGCUGGACAAAAACCCUUUUCCUGCUCAGAAUGUGGUAAAAGUUUUGCAAUAAAUCAAAGUUUAAAAGUACACAUGAGAACACACACUGGUGAAAAACCUUUUUCAUGUUCAAUCUGCGGUAGAGAUUUUACUCAAAGGCCCCAUUUCAAAUCACACAUGAUAACGCACUCUAGUGAAAAACCAUACUCCUGUUCAAGCUGCCACAAAAGCUUUCGUCACCCAAAAUCUGUUACAGUACACAUGAGAACACACACAGGGGAGAAAGUGUUAAGUUGCAGUGUGUGUGGUGAAAGAUUCUCUUAUAAGUACCAGUGUAAGAAACACAAGUGUGCUGCUGAGAACAGCAGCAACACAUAAAGAUGCAGGAUUUGAAAUAAACGGUCAAAACUUGACUUUCUACCAACAUCAGCACAUAUAACAUGUGUGACCUCACUGUUGUGUGUGUGUGUGUGUAGCACAAUCAAUCAAUCAAUCAAUGUUUAUUUAUAUAGCCCUAAAUCACAAAUGUCUCAAAGGACUGUACAAACCAUUACAACUACGACAUCCUCGGAAGAACCCACAAAAGGGCAAUGAAAACUCACACCCAGUGGGCAGGGAGAAUUCACAUCCAGUGGGACGCCAGUGACAAUGUGGACUAUGAGAAACCUUGGAGAGGACCUCAGA